UCCAUACCGCUCGCUGUCAGGUUCAGUCAAAAAUUUACGUGUUUUGUGGGUGGUUGGUGUACUUGCGACUGUUGCUGCAUUCAUAAUUAAAUUGUUAGCAAAUCGUUGCGACAGUCCUCUUCCAAAGAAAGUUCAAGGUGUCUGCCACUCGGUUCCACUAGAAACACAUCACCUCGCAUGUUCAAGACUCUCCAAUGCACUUCAAAAUAUUCAAAAUACAUUCGAAUACCAUUUAGAAGUCUGGGGAAAGGAGUUGGUUUGAAUGAACGCGAAAAGGAAUCUAAAAUAGACACUGUCCAGAGAAAAGUGCGAACUAUGUGCGAGAAAACGAUUUGUCCGCUGCUUGAGAAUCCGAACGGUUACAAUCCUGACACACUAGACCUGGCCAAGAAUCCCGAGGCCAGGGAUUAUUGGCACAAGUGCUUUGUGCGAUUGGUGGACAAAUUCGCUCAACAGGCGAUUGCAAGUCAGGAAAAUGACCCGACCGCCGCUGACCGCGCGAAGGAGUUCAAGCAAGCCUACAUAAAUAAAUUGAAUUUGUUGCGCGAGACAUCAGGCAGUCCUAAUGGGGAGAAGAUGACGAUACGCAGAAUGCUGGAACUGAAUGACUUUCUGCUGAGGCAUUAUGGCUUCGCGGACCCUUGGCUAGAUCAGAAAGUCCAAGAGAAUCACGCAUCGAUUGCGGUUUUCCAGACGCGUCUCGAGGAGCUUGAUGCACUCGAACACGAAGCAAAGUGGGUGGAAUUGGUCAAGGGGUUGUUAGCAGGAAAUAUGUUCGAUUAUGGCGCACAAGCCAUAACUGAAAUUCUAAAAAAUGAUAAGUCCUUUGGAUUAAAGGAUGCUCUUAAACAAAUACAACCGCGACCAUGGUUGGUUGACCAAUUGGAUGAAUGGAUAGAACGGCUGAAGGGUCCACCACAUAAAUGUGCUGUAAUAUUCGUAGACAACAGCGGCAUCGACAUAGUACUCGGAGUCUUGCCAUUUGUCCGUGAACUGUUGAUUCGACGUACCAAAGUUUUACUGUGUGCCAAUACGGAACCAUCAUUGAAUGAUGUUACAUCCAAAGAACUGGAGCAGAUUCUGGACCGAUGUCAAUGUAAUAUUUUACAAAAUGCUCGCAAUAAUAAUCAAUUAUUAGUAUACGCCACUGGCCAAUCAACGCCGUGUUUAGAUUUGCGAACUUUAUCGCCAGAGCUCUGCAUGGCAAUGAAAACCAAUGAGACUGACUUGAUCGUGAUUGAAGGAAUGGGCCGCGCUCUGCAUACGAAUUUGUAUGCAAAGUUCAGUUGUGAAACAUUUAAGUUAGCUGUAGUUAAAAACAAAUGGCUCGCUGAACAUUUAGGUGGCGAGUUGUUUUCAGUCAUUUGUAAAUAUGAAAGUAUAUGAUUGUUGAGUUUAUAUUAUAAAUAUAAUUUCAUUUGACUGAAAUUCUCACUUUUGUUAUUGCUAUAAAGAGACAAAGAGGAACAAAGAGUUGGCACUGUUGACGAAUGUCUAACAUGUAUGAUAGUAAUUUUAAUUGAAAACAGACAAAUGAUCAUGAAAAUGAUUUUAGGUGAAGUGUUGUGAAUCCAAGUAUGUUUUUACUUUUUUUUGAAUUGAUUUACUUGUACCUAGAUUACUACUACCCCACCCGAACCCAUGUAAUUUGAUUGGAGAAUAUACUAUUAGAAUUUUAUCAACCAUA